CGGCGGCGCUGAAGGAGUGCGAGGCGGAGUGGGGGAUGCGCGCGACGGGGUGGGCGCGGGGCGCGGACUGCGCGCGGGUGAAGACGAUCGCGUGCGACAGCGACGGCAUGGUGACGUCAUUGUUUCUGAACUAUGCGAGCCUCUCGGGCUCCAUUCCCGUCGCCCUCACCACGCUCUCCCGCCUGCACACGCUGGAUCUGCGCUCCAACAAUCUGUCGGGGCCUGUCCCCCCCGCCCUCGCCUCCCUCCGCCUGCGCUCUCUGAUUCUGACUGGGAAUCACCUCACCGGUCCUGUCCUCUCCACCAUCGCCCGCAUGCCAUCGCUCAUCCAGCUGUCGCUGGCGGACAACAGGUUCACCGGGCCUGUUCCGUCCACCGUCUCACGCCUGCUCCGCCUCACAUCCCUAGAGCUCGAUUUGAACGACUUUCACGGGCCGUUCCCGCCAGCCUUCUUCCACCUCACCGCCCUCGUCCACCUGAGCCUCGCAUCGAUGGGCCUGUCUGGCCCGCUACUCACUCACAUCACCACCCUCUCCUCCCUCACAUACCUCUAUGCGCCAGACAACGCCAUUUCAGGAAGCUUCCCCGCCACCAUCACAACCCUCUCCCGCCUCGUGUACCUGGUGUUGGGUGGGAACCCCCUCCUCUCGGGCUCGCUACCUCGCGCCCUCUCUCGCCUCACCACCCUCCAAGUGCUAGCACUGGACAGCAGAGGCAUUUCGGGCGAGCUGCCUCGCUUCCUCUCCGCACUCACCCGACUCUCCGUUCUACAGUUUUUCGGGGUAACUUGCCCAGCAGACGGCACAAGCUGCGAAAUCAAUCAGAACCGUUCAUCCACGUUCUGCAACCUCUGCUCUGCGUUCUGCUCCACGUGUAUCUCAAUCAACG